AAGAAGAAGAGAUAUUUCAGAAGCUUCCACGAUUAAUAUGCACUAAUUCCCGGUAUGUGUUCCUCCCUGCACCAGUGUUGAUAUUGGUUCUUUCACCUUUGUUCACUGUCUGCAUGAUGAUUUUAAAGACAUAGUUAGAGGAAUAUGCCAUUACAAACCUUUUGUUGUUAAUUAGUACAAUAGGGCAUCUUUGAUCCUACAACUUUGCUCUCAAGUCUCAAUACAUAUACGGAAGCUAAAAUUAAAAAGAGAAAGGUAGUAAGAAACUUGCCGCGCUGGAGACAACCCCCUUCCCACCACCCCCACCCAGUUUCUUACCUGGUGAAAAUCCGUUGUCUGCAAAAUCGUCAAGGCAAGUGUAAAAUUGGCAGAAGCGUCACUGAAUGGGGAAGAACCCAUGCACACCGCAGAGACAUGCUACUUCCGUCGUAACACUGCAAUAAAGCAUAUCUGGAACGCGGCUUGGAACAUAAACUAUCAGAAUGCGAGUGCUUGGUGUAUUAAAGAUCCUCCGGAGGAGAGGUAUCUGAGUUGUAGUCUCACUUCCGCAAGGCAUUCGCUUGGGUCGGGUGUCACUGUGAUGCUGGCGUUGGUGGUGGUUUUGAAUUUUGGGAAGUUGGGGAAUAUUAAGAGGAAGAGGGUCAGACGUUUGAAUGUCCACAGGAUGAUUCUUGCAGCGGACUGUGAUGCUGUUUUUGCCGUUCCUGCUAUGCCUAAGGUGCAUGAGGGAAACCUGUAUCUCAGAAGUCCAGAUGAUCUAAGGAGGGUUUAUGCAUCUGAUCGCCUCUAUCACAUUGUUGAAAGGAAGCCUUUCUGUUUCAAUUAAAAAAAACGGAGAUCAUAUGGAAGACUAAACAACUGGGGAAGAGUCCAUCUUGCUGAAAUUCUAUGAAAAAAGGGGUCCAAGGACACUCUUUUUGUUAAUACACAGGUAAGCAAGAGCAAAGAUAUAUCAAGAGAGGGCAUGGUCUUGUUUUCUUUGUAGUACAACUGUUGUGAUAUUUAAAGUUGGUGGAUAAAAGACCACCUUUUUAGCAUGUUUCAUACUUCAGAGUUGAAAAUCUCUUGAUGUUGAACGGUAUUUGUUGUAAGCAUGUUGAAAAACAUAUGAAAGUCUUUGACACACUCUGCAUAUAUUUCUAUAAUUUAUUUCUUUAGCUGGGAGUAUUAUCGGUAGAGAAAUUGUUGCUUAGUAGAUAUAUGUUAUGAUGUGGGAAACACUGUUAGCUUAAAGAGAGGAG